UGGUCUUCCCUCUGCUUUCUCUCUCACCCACUCGCUUCCCUCCUUGCGGAAAACUCCCACUGCAGGCGGUGCAAGGAUUCGUCAUUUUCUGGCCGGUGUCACCUCGAGUCUCAUCCAUCCGUUCAUUUUGACUUGAUCGUUGGAUAGAGAGACUCGUUCUACUCUGCAUCUCGCACCUGUCCUGCUAUCCCUUCCCUCUUGGUGAUCAACUUUCUGACCCGGAAGCCUUGAUCGCCUUCCUUAUCAUCUUGAAGUGGCGCUUAUUAGUACCCAUGGCCCUUUGACCUCUUCAAGAUCCACUUGCCCGUAUGAGCUCCUAUCAACUUUGAUACAUCAUCCACUCAUACACCCGCCCCUCAUCUUAUUCCCUUUCGACAAUCGUCGCCUUCCACUUCAAUUAAGCAAUCCAUUCCCUCUGAUGAUGUCAGCCCCGUUGGUCAAGGUCCUGCAUCGGAUGCAGGAGCUUUUCACAAACAUUGUCGCCGCGUUGGAGGCAAUGCUAUUGUUCCCUUCCAUUUUCCGCGACCCCACUCGUAAGCGGCGGAAGCCAUUCCAUGGCGUGUACUGGGGUCGUCGGUCCCUCGACAGUUUCGCUGACGAGGUGGACCAUCUGUUCACGGCGCCCCUGUCCGUCCAGAACAUGGUCGCCAUGUCAGACAAGAUCCGUGUACAGUUCAGAUCUUGUCUACAGUCCAGCCCGGUCUGCAUGCUUCCGUCUUACAAUCAUGCGCUGCCAUCUGGAACUGAAACAGGGACUUAUCUGGCGCUGGAUGUGGGUGGGUCAACACUCCGAGUAGCUUUGGUUGAGCUACGAGGGCAGGGAGAUAUGCGCAUUCUUCACGUAUCAUCGUCGUAUAUCGACAAUGACGUGAAAUUGCUGGAAGGAACGCUCUUCUUUGAUUGGAUGGCGGAGAAAAUCGACUCGAUGCUACGCGAGGUUGGUGCCAACUGCGGUCGAGAGGCCGUGCCGCUUUCCAUGGGGUUGUCAUGGUCGUUUCCAAUUGAACAAACCUCGGCAAGUAGUGGUCUAGUCAUCCACAUGGGCAAGGGAUUCCACUGUUCGAACGGGACGGUUGGGCAAGAGCUGGGCGAUCUCAUCGUCCAGUCCUGUCGGAAUCGUGAUCUCAACGUCCAGGUGGAUGCUAUUGUGAACGACAGCUCGGCGACUCUCCUCUCCCGGGCCUACAUCGAACCCAAAACGCGCAUGUCGCUUAUCCUAGGCACGGGAACCAACGUGGCGAUUCACUUUCCGGUCCAUGAGAUUGGACUGACUAAGUUCGGCACUAGACCCCCAGGUUGGUUCGACUAUGCCAAGAAUGUGAUUGUCAACAGCGAAAUGAGCAUGUUUAGCGGCGGCAUCCUCCCAAAGACCCGCUGGGACGAGGUGAUCAACCGCACACAUCUCCGGCCCAACUACCAGCCUCUGGAAUAUAUGAUUACUGGGCGUUACCUUGGCGAGAUCAUCCGGCUUAUCAUCGUUGAAGCGGUGGAAUCUGCCAAGCUAUUUGGCGGAGAACUACCUCAUUCGAUGCGCGAUGCUUACUCGUUUGAUACCAGCAUUGUGGCUGCUCUGGAGGCUGAUACAUCUCCGCUUCUCGCGUCAUCUGCAGCGCUUUUGCAGAAGGAGCAUACAUUUGCGGUGUCUCCAACAAUUGACGAUUUGCGGUUCCUCCGACGUGUCUGUCAGACUGUCUCCAAGCGAGCUGCGGGAUACUUGGCCACGGCAAUUCACAGCAUGUGGUGUCUGCGUAACGAGGUCGAGUUUCCCACAACGGCAACCUCGGCACCUCCGUCGAUCAAGGAAACCCAAGAGGUGACCGUGGUGGAAAGUGAAGAAAAUCCCCUGAGUCUAUCGAUUGCGUGCGAUGGUAGUGUCAUCAACAAAUACCCUGGGUUCCGGGAUCGUUGCCAGGGCUAUCUGAAUGACCUUGCGAAGGAGACGAACGCGCUACGCCCAUCCUUGGAUGGUACCUCGGAAGCUAAAGUUCGUCUUGAUUUGGCACCGGAGAGUGCCAUUCUGGGAGCGGCCGUGGCGGUGGCCGUCGCUGUUGCGGAGAAAAAGCUCGAGUAGAUCACAAUAUCCGGAACAAAGGCGGUCCCUCUCAUACUGUGUUGGCUCAAAACAGCUGCGUGACCGUUCGGCAUGUCGGCUACAUUCGCAUUCAAGGUGUUCCGCGUCUGGGUUGCAUUUACUUGGCCGCUUUCCUUCGCGCUUGCGGCACCGGGGUUGAACAUGGUCGUUUGCCAUGUUCUGGGACACCCAAUCAUUGCAUUGUGCUUUCAUAGGGUAUUCAUCGCUAUUGCAUAUACAGGUUCCAAGGUCGGGCGGCGCAUUUCAUGCUUAGGCGAGAGGACUAGACGGUUGAGCGGGUGGUCUGCGAUAGAACCUUUGGGGUGUACAUAAUAAUAAUCGUCCAUACAAGAGCAUCGGUCCACCCGAGCGCAGUGC